CACUGCAGAUGUGUGAGCAGGACUGCUUCUGCAACAAAAGCCUAGACCCAACCACAUCUUGGGAAGAGAAUGGCCACUUCCUGGGGUACAGUCUUUUUCAUGCUGGUGGUAUCCUGUGGUUGCAGCACUGUCUUUCACAGGGACCAGCAGACUUGGUUUGAGGGUGUCUUCUUGUCUUCCAUGUGCCCCAUCAAUGUCAGUGCUAGCACCUUGUAUGGAAUUAUGUUUGAUGCAGGGAGCACUGGAACACGGAUUCAUGUUUAUACCUUUGUGCAGAAAAUACCAGGACAACUUCCAAUUCUAGAAGGAGAAAUUUUUGAUUCUGUGAAGCCAGGACUUUCUGCCUUUGUAAAUCAGCCUAAGCAGGGUGCUGAGACCGUUCAAGGACUCUUAGAGGUGGCCAAAGAUUCAAUUCCCCAAAGUCACUGGAAAAGGACCCCAGUGGUCCUGAAGGCAACAGCAGGACUGCGUUUACUACCAGAGCAGAAAGCCCAGGCUCUGCUCUUUGAGGUAGAGGAGAUCUUCAGGAAGUCACCUUUCCUGGUACCAAAGGACAGUGUUAGCAUCAUGGAUGGAUCCUAUGAAGGCAUAUUGGCUUGGGUUACUGUGAAUUUUCUGACAGGUCAGCUGCAUGGCCACAGCCAGGAGACCAUGGGGACCCUGGACCUGGGGGGGGCAUCCACUCAAAUCACGUUCCUGCCUCAAUUUGAGGAAACCCUGGAACAAACCCCUAGGGGCUACCUUACUUCCUUUGAGAUGUUUAACAGCACUUACAAGCUCUACACACACAGUUACUUGGGAUUUGGACUGAAAGCUGCAAGACUAGCAACCCUGGGAGCCCUGGAGAUGGAAGGGAUUGAUGGACACACUUUCCGAAGUGCCUGUCUACCAAGAUGGUUAGAAGCAGAGUGGAUAUUUGGAGGUGUGAAAUAUCAGUAUGGUGGCAACCGAGAAGGGGAGAUGGGCUUUGAGUCCUGCUACGACGAAGUGCAGAGGGUGGUACAGGGAAAACUUCACCAGCCGGAGGAAAUCCAGAGAAGCUCCUUCUAUGCUUUCUCUUACUAUUAUGAUCGAGCUGUUGACACAGACAUGAUUGAUUAUGAAAAGGGGGGAGUUUUAAAAGUUGAAGAUUUUAAAAGAAAAGCCAGGGAAGUGUGUGAUAACCUGGAAAACUUCACCUCAGGCAGUCCUUUCCUAUGCAUGGAUCUCAGCUACAUCACAGCCCUGUUAAAGGAUGGCUUUGGCUUUGCAGACAGCACUAUCUUACAGGCUGCAGUACUGAGGUGAUGGACCAGGCUGGAGAUAUCCCCAAAGCCCAUGUUGACACCUUGUCCUGCUAGUGGAUGGACUCUGUGGGCUGCAUCCCUAAGAACACAGCAGAAUUGAGGCGUGACCUCUAGCAGCACCAUGAGGAAGGAGCACCCUGCUUUGUUGUUAUCUUACCCAAUGAGUGCCACCCGAGGGCGCACAUACUCAGCAGCAUGUCCCAACCCAAGAGGAAACAGUACUCGGCUUUUGGCGUCCACUUUGGCUACGCUUGGGGGCAGCUGGCGAGCUGAGACCCUGGUGGGCUUCAGAAGGGCGACAGCAUAUUGCAGCAAGGUGCCUGCCGAGUCGAUGAAGUCUGUGUGGUUGAUGUCACUCCACUGAGCAGCAUCAACCACAACACAAAUGAGGUAGAACUGAUCAGUAAGUAGCAGGGAAUUAAAACGUCAACAAGGAAACCCUUUUUGUAACCAAA